CACUCUCUGAUCUCUCCCGUUGAUUUAUUCUUCAGCGUCACGAAUUCCAUUGUUGCUCGACAGCGGCUUCGCUCUUCCACUGACAAGAAGCAAAGAAAACGAUGAAGAUCUUCAACUGGGUACAGAGGAAGCUGCACCAAAAUGUCAUCAAAGCUUUGGAAACGGUAAUUUUGUGGGGGAAAAAAACAGAAGGGUUGGUGAAAAACGUGAAGAAGAAUGAACCAAGUGAGAUCGAGAGGAACACGAAAGCUAUACUCGACCAAGUCGGAUUGGUCGACGUUCUUGAUAAUUGGGUCGAUGGAGUUCUCACCAUCGGCACGUUCGGCUUUGACACACUGAAAAACUCCGACCACAAAGGAAAAGACGAUUUCUCCGUGGAUGAUGGUGAAGAUGAAGAAGUCGGAGAUGGUGAUGAAAGCAUGGACCUUGAUGACGAUGAAUUCGCCAACCGAGGGGGGGAGUUAGAUCCAUUGAUCUCCCCCAGGUAUGACGAGGUUGUCGGAUCCGACAAUGGGGUUGACCUCGGGUUGAUCGAGAUCAUGGACUCCGAAUCGGUCAGAGCCGUCGAUUGCCUCGACUUGAUGCCCUUGUCAGAUGUUGACCGCUGCGGGAAGAAGAGGACGACCUUGGCCGAGCUUUUCUCCAAGGACGAAGAAGAUGUAGAUUUCGAGAAAUGCUUGGACCCUCUUGAGAUCGAAUCGAGUGACGGUAAAUAUAAGCCCAGUGGUUCGAAACUAAGUGAUCCCUCGUUCGACAAGAAGAUCAUGUCACGGGCCAAAGAUCAAGACUCACGUCCCAUCAAGAAACUGCGCCAGAUGAUGAAGAGGAUGUUGAAGAGGAAGAUCCAUCCAGAUGCUGACGUGGGAAAAAUCUGUAAAUCGGACGGAAUAAUGAGCAAGCCAAUCAAGAAAUGUGAAGCGGCUGAAUCGAUCCAUCUUCUUGUAACUCCAGGUCCCAUGGCUUAGAAUGACUUUACAUGAGCGAUAACCGGAAAUGCUGCCAUGUUUAUGAAAUCUCUCUCUCUCUCUCUAUUUGCAUGUUGCCUUUUGAUUUAUUCGAUAGAUUAUGGUCGUUUCAUUAAGACUGUGUGUUGUUGUGGCACUGUAUCUGUCAUUUUGAUCCACAUGUUACAAACCCUAUAAGUUCUUAUUUGCUUAAUUUUGUGGUUAUUUAUCU